AUGUUUUACCUUGGGAGCCCUGCGCAUCCAAGGUGGUGCCGUGACCACUGCAAGAUCCAGCCUGAUUGCGUGCAACUGCACAACCGGAAGAACGGCGUACUGUGGCCAUGGGAUGUUCUGGCAGAUAUGUGGGACAGCCCUGGCCAUUCGGAAUUUUUUUCUUGGGUUCAUGACCCCAAAGAUGAAGCAAGUCAUCGUUGUGAAGAAUAUUGGAACCGAGUUUCACACCUACCGUUUUACAAGAAGUUGGUGAUCAAGAACCCUGGCAAAACAAUACCGUUGUCGUGGCACAUGGAUGGCGUGAAGGUGUACAAAACCCACAAAGUCUGGGCCUAUAGCCAUUCAAGCGCAAUCAGGAAAGGUCAGUCCAUCGACACCAAGACCCUUUUUCUACUUUUCCGGGACAGUGACAUGGUGAAACCACACACCCACGAUGCAGUUGCAAAGCUCAUAGCUUACACUAUGGAUGUUUUGCAGUCAGGGGUUUUCCCAGACAAAGAUGUUGAUGGGAAUUCAUUUCGACAAAAUUCCAAAGAAGCAAAACGGGCAGGGUCCUAUUUUGCUGGUGUGUGGUGUGCUGCAUUCGCAUGUUUCAAGGCUGAUCUAGAAGGGCGAGUCAUGGCCCACAAACUGGUGAGGAACUGGGCAUCUGACUCCAUAUGUGAGCAUUGCCUGGCCAGCAAGUUGCCUCAGUGUUCGUAUGGUGACUUCACCAAUGCAGCGGCAUACUGGGAAUGCAUGCUUACUCAUGAACAGUAUCUGAUGUUGAACCCCCCAGGGAAAACUUCAGCAUGGACCAGCGUUCGUGGAUGGGAUAUCACCCGCAAUUUGGAUGAGUCUUGUCAAAUCGUCAGCCUACGUUUUGGGCGGGAAAAUUGGCAGUCUUAUCCCGAACUGGCAUCGUGCUACAAGGGCGCCAUGGUGAAGUACAUGAUCUUUUGGGUGGCCGAGUUUCUCAAAGAGAAAUUAGAUGAAGUUGACACAGAAAACAACCGUUUGAGGGCAUAUUGUGCUUGGAGUUUGUAUCAAUUCCAAUACUUGCAGGAAACAAAUGGCCCUUGGCUAUCUUCUAAUGCUGCAGAAGAGAUGGCUGAGAUGGGUCGUUACCGGACACGCUAUGAAAGCUGCAUGAGCUCUAGGACCAGGGUGCAGGUGAUCACGGAUGGGAUUCUGGCAAGGCAACUGCAGGUGAGGACGUUGACGCUGGCACCCCUGGCCCUGGCAGUUGCUGAGCCACAGACCCGAGGCGUUCCAGAGCCCGCAGUGUGCGCGGCCCUGGGACCUUUGGGCAUUUAUGAGCAGAUCUUCCGCGACAUCGGGCGCUAUGCGAAUCUGGACCUGCAACGUCUGGCUCUGUACGAUGGCUUCUGCCUUCGGCGACGCAGGGCCUGUAUUCGACUGCGAGUGGUGGAUGGAAUUCCCUACGUUUUAGACAUGUUUCCAGGUUACCAAAGUCGUCACCGCAGCAUCCUACACGCCCUCUGGCGGGUGCUUGUGCGCUUUGGGCCGCUCCCCAAUCUCGAGGUGACCAUUGAUGUGACUGACGGCGAGCUUCAAAACAUCGAUUUGCCCAUCUUGGUAAUCACACACAAGAAAGAGGAGCCUCGCGGAAUUCUUUAUCCCGACUUCACCUUCUAUUCCUGGCCCGAAUCCACGUGUCCUCCCGAGAUAUCACACGACUACAGCCCCACAGCCAAAAGCCGAGAUCGGGCACACUACAGUUAUGACCGUUGGAUCAAGAACACGUGCGUUCUGAGAGUUCUAUUGGAUUAA